AUGCCCGCGGGAACUAAGAGGCACCGGGAUGGCAGUGUGCGCGAGAGGCCGGCCCGGGAUCGGGAUCGGGAUCAGGAUGGGCCCCGCACGAGAUUUCACCCCAUGUUUGAAAACUUCCGCGACGACCUGGAUGAGCACUACGACCGAAGGGAGCGGAUAGUCAAGGCGUCCAGGGAUGUCACCGCCCAGAGCAAGAAGAUCAUUUUCGCCUUGCAAAGGGUCAAACAAAUCAACCAGGGCCUGCCGCCUUCCACGGAAAAAGACGUGACGUCACGAAUGGCCGAGAUCACAAAGCUCCUGCAGUCCAUCUCCCCUGAUGUGCAAUCCAUCAAUCGCUACCGAUACGCCCAAUCGCUGCGCUGCCUCGAGGAACUCGUCGAGGCCCUCUCGUUUGCGCACUACCUCCGCCACCAGAAGCUGAUUACCUUGGAGGAGACGGCCGCCUCCACACCAGGGGAUAUUGCGCUCACUCCCCACGACUACAUGUUCGGCAUCUUCGACCUUUUUGGCGAAAUGAUGCGCUUUGCUACGGUGACGACGGCGCAGAAUGGCGAGAUGCCGGGCGGCGAGGAUGGGCGAAAUAUACUUUGCGACAUUCAGGAGUUGGCAUGUGCGUUUGAGAUGCUGAGGCAGGUCCCGACAAAGGAAUACUGGGGCAAGAUGGAGGCCAUGAGGCAGAGUGUGCAAAAGGUUGAGAGGUUGGGGUACGGGCUUGCUGUGAGGGGGAGUGAAAGACCCAAGGGAUGGGUGCCUGACAUGAAGGAUUACAUGGACGGUGGGAGUCCCUGA